AUGCAUGAGACGUUACUAAAAACUGACAAAGAUAAAGAAGAAAUUCUGAAUAAAAUAAAUAGCCGACGAAAUAAAGUAGCAUCGGGUGCCAUACGAUCAUUACCACCUGCCAAAAAUAUGAUGAAAUUGGAGUGGAAUAAUGAAUUGGCGUUUUUGGCACAGCGUUGGGCUGAUCAAUGCUCCACUAACGAUUUGAUGGAUGAGUGUACAGGUAACGAAACAAUGGGCCAAAACAUUGGCACACUAUAUGGUGAAGCACCGAGACUCAGUCCUGCAACAUUAGUCGAUCUGUGGUAUAUGGAGCUACUUGGUUUUAAUUCCACCAUCAUUACUGAUUAUCGACCUUCUACAACGUCACGCCUCGCCCACUAUGAGUAUUUCACCCAACUUAUUUGGGCAAAGAAUAGACAAGUAGGAUGCGGCGCUGUCAAAUUUCAGGAAAGAACAGGAAAUAAAAAUAGAACAGUUCAGAGACUAGUGUGCAACUUCCUGCCCGGCGGCAAUAUAAUGAAGCAAACUGUUUAUAACGAAGGAAAUCCCUGCAGUGACUGUCCAUAUAAAAGCGACUGUAAUGCCAAAUAUACAUCUCUGUGUGGUAAAAUCUAUGUCAGCUUAGAUACCAAUGAAAAAUUCAAGAAAAGAGAAUCAAGUAAUGAUACAGAAACAGAUAUCGCAUUUGAUUUGUAUGCACAUCUCUUUAACGUCAGCAACAAUGAAUACACUACAAAGAAGGAAAGUACUACUUUUUGUAAAAACCUGUUGGCUGUCGAUGAGUUUAUUGACUUGUUGAGAAAAAAAUUAAGUACAGAUAAUAUAUUUAGAGAAUUGUUACUUACAAAAGCUCCUAGCGGAGAAAGUCAAUAUACUGAUGCUAAGAUUGAUGCCAUAGUAAGUAAAAUAUAUAGCAAAAAAACACAUUCCACAACGACAAAGCCAACGGACAGUGAUGUCAUGAAUUCUACAUUACUUGCAGAUUUAGUCGAAGCUGUCAUAUUUCGGAAUCGAGAUAAAAUUACUACACUUGAAGUUGUGUUUCCCAGUACAGAAUUUUUAGAGGCAAAAACAGUUCAGAUGCAAGCCGAAUUAGGUGAAAUACCGCGCAACUUAGAAUUUACUGGACAUUACUUUUUCCCGGAAGAUAGUGAAGACGAACAAACUGAUACCACAGAAUCAUAUUAUGAUCAGUCUAAUAUACCUGUAUCUGAAAUAAUUAUGGAACUGGAAGAAUUAAAAAGAAAACAACAAACAAGAGAUUUCGUAGAAGAAAUUCUUGAAUCUGAUUCUAAUGCAAACACAAUAACGAAAAAUCAUAUUAUAGCGAGUGAUAAUAAUAUGAAUGGUAAUUAAUGUAAAAUUAAAAGAGUAAAAUGUUCAAGUUGACUGAUUUACACUGUCAGUACAAAAAUCUUUAAAUGUAUUUUUAUCUGUUUUGUUACUUACAGAUAUAAUAAAAUUAAUAAGAGACAAUGAUUUUGAAAUUUGGAAACAUGUGUUUAUUGGUCCAAAAGGUAUUGACAGAGAAAAGCGAGAUACAAGACGUAAAAAUCAACAUAAUUUCGUAAGAAAUUUAUAUAGCUACGGAGAAACAAUAUUAAGUUACGAAGAAUUGUUAAAACAAUUGGCGACAGAUUUGAAGAAAAUAAAAUUAAACGCUAAAUUUCAUUGCUCUCAUCACACAACUUCAACAACA